UGGAGUCACUCUGACUCAGUGCCAUGCUUUUCGCUGUCGUAAAGCGCUGUUUGAAUAUUUCCGGGAGGCAGUGAAAGCAGCAGCAGCAGCAAAGGCAGUUCCUUCGCAGUUCUUCAAAGAUGCGGCGGCGGUGUGUUUUAUACUCGGACCUGCUCUGGGAUGUUUGUCUUUGAGAGGCAUGUAUCACGUAAAAAGAAGAAACUCAGCCGAUUAUUUCGUGUAGAGAGUUAGCAGAGAGGAGAAACUUUAGCCAGGAGUUUUGAGUCGCUGGAAGAUAAAAAAAAAAAAACAAAGUUGGGGUAUUCGAGGCCUGCGUGCCAUGCCAGAGGGCUCCCAUUCUGCUCGCCACCAGGGCCAAAUGGGGGAAGAAUCUUCUCAGUUGUCAUCGCCCCUCUCCACCAGCGACCAUGUCAAGGAUAACAUAGAUUUUGGCCCAGACUACUACAGCCAGAUAUGCGUGGAGCCACUGGACGGAGAGGGCGAACGUCCCGUGAGCCUGGUGUCCACCUUGUCCUCUGGUUCGUCCGCUGAUAGUCAAAGCCUUUUUGGAAGUACGGCAGCACUUCCGUCCUCUAUCACAACUCCCCUAUCAAGCAAGGAACACAUAGACCUGGAACUGAGCCCAACACAAGGCACCAACGGGCAGGCUGGAAGUCAGAGUCCUCGCCUCAAAAGUUCUGGUGGCGGCUGGCGGCGGCAUCUGGAGGCCUGUGUGAUCAACAACCAGAGGAACAACAACGCCUCUGCCAGCAGACUGGCGAGGGGUAAAUUCCUUCACAUGACCGCUUCGCCUGUUGUCACAGACACUAUGGCGCCCAACCCAAAGCUUACCUAUGUGGACCGCGUUGUCAUGGAGAUUAUUGAGACGGAACGCAUGUACGUCACAGACCUUAGCAGCAUAGUGGAGGACUAUUUGGCACACAUUAUCGAUUUGAGAAAUCUCCCCAUCGGGCACGAGCAAGUGAUGGCCUUAUUCGGAAAUAUAGAGGACAUCUAUGAGUUCAACAGUGAACUGCUGCAAUGUUUGGACAUGUGUGAGAACGACCCUGUGGCUAUUGCUCACUGCUUUGUUAAUAAGAGUGAAUAUUUUGAAAUCUACACCAAAUAUUGCAACAAUUAUCCCAACUCAGUAGCAACAUUGACUGAAUGCAUGAGGAAUAAAACUUUAGCAAAGUUCUUCAGGGAUCGGCAGGCCGCUCUGAAACGCUCUCUCCCUUUGGGUUCUUACCUUCUGAAGCCAGUUCAGAGAAUCCUGAAGUAUCACCUACUUCUGCAGGAAAUUGCCAAGCACUAUGACCCAGAUGAAGAAGGCUAUGGGGUUAUUAAAGAGGCGAUCGACACCAUGACCGGAGUGGCCUGGUACAUUAACGACAUGAAGAGGAAACAUGAGCACGCCGUCAGAGUGCAGGAGAUACAAUCCCUGCUGAUCAACUGGAAGGGUGCCGACCUGACCACCUGCGGGGAGCUGGUGCUAGAGGGCACCUUUCCUGUUCUGAGGGCGAAGAACACCCGGACGCUGUUCUUGUUCGAAAAGAUGCUCCUCAUUACCAAGAAAAGAGGGGAACAUUACGUCUACAAGAUCCACAUCUCGUGUUCCACCCUGAUGCUGCUCGACAGCGCCAAGGAUCCCCUCCUCUUCAGUGUGAUCCAUUUCAAGCGUCCUAAGCAACCCCAUACAGUUCAGGCAAAGUCUGUGGAAGAGAAACGUCUGUGGGCUCAUCACAUUAAGAGGCUCAUUCUUGAGAAUCACAACACCAUCUUGCCACAGAAGGCAAAAGACGCCAGUGUGGACAACUGCAACUAUUCUGGGAAGUGUCAGCGUAGUCCGGAGAGGAGGAUGAAAGCAGAGUGCUUCCAGAGUGAUAGCUUCCAUCGCGGAGUACGGAAUGGGAGGAGAAGAUCUGAACCAAUUAAAGAAAUCAUAAAGAGCACCAACGCUGUUUUGAAGCAUGCAGACAGUGAAGGCACACUGCUGGGGGAUAGGAGCUCCCUGCAGCCAGCUGCUAGUGUCAGCACACUGACCUCCUGUCUAGGCGAGCCCCGGGGUGAGAGGCCGUGUGUGGAGGAUCUGAGCAACUCUCUGGAGCAGCUAAAUGCAGCUGACAGUGACUCUUCACCCAGAGAAAGAGAGGUGGGGCUGGAGCAGGAGAAGGCAAUAGAGGAGGAGGAGGAGCAGGAGGAGGAGGAAGGGGAGAGUUGCAAGGACGAUGUGCUGAUGGGAGACGACCAGGUAGCCGACUUUGCCAGCUCGGUGCUGGCAGCCAUCUCCUGCUGGCACUAUAGAGCCAGGGCUUUGCUUUCUACUCACUUCACAACGGAUGAUCAGAAUGAGGACGCUGCUGAACUAAAAGCUGCACUGAUAGAGGAGGCUGAAACCUGCACAGGGGAGGAAAACACCGACAAUGUGUCUGUGAAACAAACUCUCAGCGCUCAGGAGCCGUGUCGUCUAGACCGUGUCCCACAAGCAGAACCAAUCAACCAGCUGGAGGUGGAGAACUUCCACUGCCACAAGUCUACCAUGUUUUCCUCCGAGCAACAAACUGAGACCCCAGAAUCCUUGGAUACUUCCAGGGAAACAGCAGGAGAAGAAGAGGGAGAGAGCGACUCUUCUGGUCUACAGGUGGAGGAGAUGAGUGUACUAACGAACGGUGACCUCUCUGAGGAGGAAGAGGAGGUGCUUUCAGAUAAUAAGAGCAGUUUGCCUUCCUCCGUGUUGGACCAAUUGACCGCUGAGCAAUUCAUCAGCAGUUUGUCACGACGGAGCAGUCUGGUUUCUGAGGACUUGAGUUUAGAUAAAGAUCCCUUUCAAAGCCUCUCGGCCUGUAUGGACGUGGAGAAACGGAUGGAGAAAAUGUCGGACAGCUCUUCACCAGAACCACACACCUCCUCAAAGGCCGACCUGUCGGGUCCUGAGCCUGGACCGAGUGAAGGAGAACGCAGGUCCACUCUCUCCAAAAAGGAUCAAAUUCUCAUCCAUAAAAUCAGGCAAUACUAUGAGCAUGCUGAGCACCAAGACGCUAACUUCAGCCUCAAGCGCAGGGAGAGUUUGUCCUUCAUCCCCGACGGCCUGGUGAGACAGCUGAGCCGACAGCUGAAUGACGUUCCAAAGGAGAAGGCCGGUCCAGCCUAUAGGAAAGGGCUCUGUAGAAACAGACCCACUUCUUGGUCCGUGUUCGACCUUCCUGGGUUAGAAAAGGGUAAGACGAGUGAACCUCAAAGCUCAGCUGAGGUCAAGGUUCGGUCUAAUAGCGUCACGGAAUCAUUUACUGCAGAGGAAGAGUUCAGGCCUUCGUCUGAAAUGCUGAAGGUUUGGGAAGUUAUGGAAACUGAGGAGGAGAUUCAGGAAGUGAAGCAGGAGGCAGAUGAGAAAGUUGACACCCAAAGAGUUGAGAUCAGCUUGGAUACUAUGGAGGUCAAAAACAGUAAUCAACCACCAGUGAUAGAAGAAGAGCCUGAAAUGUGCUCUGCUGCAGACUCUUGCUCCGUGUCUUCGCCUACGGCCGGUUCCUCCACAGCGGAGCAGGGUUCUGCUCAGCUCUCAGAGCCGUGUUCGUCCCCAGCAUUUCAAGAGAACGACAGCUGCCACCCCAGCCAUUUACCCAAGAGCAUCAGCUUCCAAACCACCAUAGACGAAGACCAGAUCCUGCACGACAUGGGGAAGAUGAGAAACAAGGUGUUCCAGCUGGCUCGUCAGUACAGCCAGCGCAUUAAAAACAAUCGGCCAGUAGUGUGGCAGAGGAGCCGACAGGCUGCACACCAGGAGGGUCUCCGGAGUGCAGCUGCUGUCCACCAGGAGAAGCUGAGAAAAACUGGUAAGCCUAACUUAAGGUUGACCAUGAAUGUUUGUGAACAGGAAGUCAUUCGCGAAGUUUGUUCUCCAAAUUUGGACCAGACACUGUCUUCUCCCGCAAGCUCCCAGGGCACGGCCCCACACAGCCCUCAGUCUGAGGCUUUCCACUGGCCUCACGUCCAGGAGCUGCGUUCAAAAUACACGGACACCUCGCACUCUCUAAGAACACACUGCGUCUGCACAGGACCAGAUGGGGUAAAGUACAGAAGCUCGUCAGACCUCCAUGCAGCUCCGACAGACUGCUGUAAGAAGUGUCUCCAGGUAGAGGACUGGCCUCAGCAAAAGAAGCGCUCCCUGCUGUGCAGGUGGAGCUCCUUAGACCACAUGCUGGGCUCUGUCCCUCUGCACGAAGUUCAGAACCUUCAAGAACCUUCGCGGACUCGUUUACCGUGCCACAGAAUCCAAGGUGAGGAUGGGCUCCUCCAGGAAGUUCGCAACAGCACAAAGUCACUGACUUCUGGGAAGUCCUCGGAAAGCAACCUUGUGAGGAGUUUACGGGAGAAGUUCCAGAGCUUAAGUACAAGCUAAACAGUGUGCACUGUGUAUAUUCAACAUAAACCUGGGAGUUAGACGAUGCUUUCUAUGUUUGCUCUGCAUGUUUCUCCCUCAAAAACUCCGUGCAUGAGGUUUCUUGUACAGGGGACAAGGUGCAAUAAUUUUAGCACCAGUGUAACAUUAAAGGGAUGGUAUGGGCAUGCCACCUUUAAAACAGUAAGAUGCACAUUUUAACUGUGUUUGUUUACACGUUACAGUUUUGUGUGAACAUAUAAAUGGAUAUAUAGUUUCCUGUAUCAAAAAAAAAAAGAUAUGUUGCCUACUGUUGGCUGCUAUAGUCAUUAAUAUUAACUCUGCAAACUAUCAGUGCAGAGUUUCUGAGAGCGACAGCUAAUAGCGCUCGAUUGCCAGUAAAGUCUUACUUCAGACACCAAAGACGGUUAGAUUUUAGUCUUUGUUGUGCUUUGAUGCACAGGGACAGCAAAAUAUGCUUCCACGUUUUCCUGAGCUGCUUGUUAAAACAGUUGUGCACAUCACUGGAGCUUUAUAAUUUUUUUUUUUAUCAGCAACAUGUUUAUUUUCAUGAAAGUUAUUUAUAUGUCUGUAUAUUGGGAUAGUUUUGACCAUGUGUAAAUUCCAGAUACUCAGAAACCUGUUUUUGGUUAUGUACAGCUGCCCAUAUUUUCAAUAAAAACAGAAAUGCUAAGGCUGCAA